AUAAAGUCGCUUCAAACUGCGCUCCGUCACUCAUCAACAGAGCAUAGCGGGAGGAGAGAGCAGCAGUUGGCCGGUCGUGUCUCUACCCGAGGCCGGAUGGUAAAAUCCAACCUCCAGCGGAUCCUAAAUAGUCAUUGCUUUGCUCGCGAAAAGGAAGGAAAACAGCAGCCUCUCACUACCAUGGCGGAUUUGAGUAGCGGUAUUUGUGACAUGAUUGCGAAUCUGUCCACGCACUGUAGUAGUAGUACCCGUGGCCCGGGGCCUCUGUGGUGCUCCGAUGCCCCUCUCCCACCCCUGAAGAUCCCAGGUGGGCGAGGGAAUGGCACACGGGAUCACGUUCCUGCAGCUCGGUUGGUCUACUCUGACCUGAAGUUGACCGUUAGUGAGGAGCCGGCGGGCAGCCGUCGCCCCGGGAUCCUCCACUUCCAAAGUCAUCCCACCGUCAGCAGGACGGUUCAAUGGGACGCUGUCGUGAGCAGCGGCGCUCUCUUCGUGGAGAUCCCGCUUGGCCCACUGCCUGAAGGCAGCAAGGAGAGCUUAGUCUCGCUGCUGGAAUACGCUGAAGAACAUCUGAAAGUGGUCAACGUGUUUGUCUGCUUCUACAAGAACAGGGAUGACCGUGCCAAGCUGGUGCGUACGUUCAGUUUCCUGGGCUUCGAGAUCGUGAAACCGGGCCACGCCCUCGUCCCGCCUCGACCCGACAUUCUCUUCAUGGCCUACAGUUUAGACCGGGACUCUUCCGACGAGGAGUAGCUCUCCCAUCCUUAUGUUCUGCCCCUGUCCUUCCUCCAUUUUGUGUACUUGUUGAUCUCUCGAGUUUCCUUUGAGCAUCACGUUUGGAUAAGAGGGAAGGAGGUUUGGCUUUGGCUUUCAUAGUGUUAGCUGUGUGUGUGUGUGUGUGUGUGUGUGUGUAGCUCCGAUUUGUUUAUCCAUGGAGUUCCGUUGUUUGAAUGUACACCGUGCAUGCACACACAAAAAAGGUAAUCAGUUUUUUUUAAAAUAUAUAUAUAUAUAUAUAUAUAUAUAUAUAUAAAAAAAAAAAAACACACACUCUGGUACUGCGGUGACAAAAUUGCUGUCAUGUUUGAAUCUUUUUCAGGGGACCACUGGCGUAGCACUAACAGCCCUGUUGACCGGUACUUAUUAAUAGACAACACUAUUUUAGUGAAGACAUUUUUAGUGUGUAAAGCAGACAGGAAGGGGAAUUUCCAAUUGGUGUUUUUUUUUUUUUCUCCGCCCCCCCCCCCCCCCCCCCCCUUCCCUGCUUCCUCCUGAUGUGUAAAUCUCAUUAACUUCAUAUUUUGAUUUUUGGAUGUUGGGGGGGGGGGGGGGGGAAAUGUUCUGAUAGGACUGACUUUGCAUCUGCAUUCCUUUUUGUUUCAUGUUCACCCGACAUAUUGUGCAUCUCUUAUAAUAAAACAAACCCCAAAAUGUA